GCUGAUCGCAACUGACCACGCACCACGAUGAUCCACUCCUCCGCUGCACGGCCUGACUCAGAGAAAGGGACCGAGACCGAGCCACUCCUUGGGCCUCUCCCUCUUGAUCUCAGUGGUCAUCCUCUCGUGUACCAGCCUCGCGUCGACGUGAUCCCACAAGGCAGCCCCAGGAACGCUCGCGGGCGUCGGUUUUGGCAUCUUUUGGCCUGCACGCUUUUCAUAUUUGGUACCUUUGGCUUCCUACUUUUCCAGACCGGGCGUCUGGCACCCCCUCAUAAGUCGGAACGACACGCUAUGGCGUCUUCCCCAGACCAAUGUUCCACCAAAGUGGUUUGGGAGGAGGCCUCCGAUGUACCGCACGGGUACCGCUUCCACUUGCGCUCGUCUGUGACUCUUUCCGUCUCGGCAGACGUACUGUCCGUCGUCGCGGAAGGGGCACGCUUCCACGGCUCUCUCGAGGUCUCGCAGACGGCCAACGCUGGUUCUGACGCUAUCGUCGAAAUUGACCUCUUCUACCACCAUGAGGAAGACCUCGAUGAAACAACAGUGUGCCGUCUGCACCCUGCCGACAACGAGUGGGGUCUGGGUAUCUUCACUCCACAUUGGAGGGCGCCCAGGAACGACCACCACCUGCUUCGUUUCCAUAUACAUCUUCGUCUGCCUGCCGUUGACUCUGGCUCAUUGCUCGCCGUGAAGGAGCUCAAUACCGAUCUGAGCAACUUCAGCCAAGACCUCCGCGCGUUAGCCGACUCGGUCUACUUCAAUAGGAUCGCGUUGAAGUCGACUAACGGCCACAUCGAGGCAGGAUCUGUCGCCGGGGAUGGACUUCGGUUCCAAACGACGAAUGCUGCUAUCCACGGCUUGAUCAAGACGGCUUACGGCCUCGAACUCCGGUCUACAAACGGUCGUAUCAACAGUCAGGUCGUACUGCUCUCGAACACUUCGGACGCGCUCGGCGGCGAGUACCAGGUGACGGCCCAGACCUCGAACGCUCACCUGGAACUCGAGUUCGUUGAUGCUCCCGUCGACCACGUGUUGACCGCCUCCGCGCGUACCUCCAACGGCCGUGCUGAUGUCGCCUUGCAUGAGACCUAUGAGGGCUCGUUCGAAGUGCACACGUCCAACGCCGGCAGACCUAUCGUCCGCUCUCGCGACGUCGAGGAUCCCGCUGGGCGCGGACGCAAGCGCGGCGUCCAGGUUCAGACCAUCCGGAACAGUGCGGCACGCGGCAAGGUUUGGUGGGAGCAGGAGAACAGGGAUAGGGGUCGGGUGUCUGUUUCGACAUCCAAUGGUCGGCUUCAGCUCACGGUGUGAUCGCCAGAGGGCGCUCCGAGUUGACUGUUGCGACGAUCCUUCUUCACUCCCGUACCUGCAUCUUGUCUUUCGCCCCCGUCAAUAGCAGGCAUCGGUUUUUGUACCCAUUCUUGUCGUAACUCGUGCUGCUGUCGUGUUCGUCGAGCUUUCAUUGCUUCGGAAUCCGUCUUCGGCCCGGGGAUUGGUCGCAGGAAGAUUGCACUAAAUGGAGCACUCGUACCGUAAAUCAUAGGAGCCGGAUGACCUCUCCGUGAACUUCUAUCCCACGAGGACACCGCUUCAAACAUCUUGCUGCCGCAGCACACGUCCUUUUCACUGCACACAUCAUGAACCCUUCACCAGUCGACGAUGGUGUAGAAAUCAUCACCUUGUCGCUCUCCCCGCAUAGAGAGCGCGGACAAUACCAUGCUCGUGGCACCACCAGGUUCCCCAUCGCUGAAGUCGACACUCUCCACUUUGUGAGCGGGGGCGUACACUGCUCUGGCUUUUUCGAAGUCACUCAAUCCGGAGAUCCGGGCGCAGAAGAGUUUGUGGUCAACAUCGACGCCUUCUUUCGUGCCGCCGACGCUCUGAACGAGGUGCUGGUGCGUCGUUUGCAUCCAGCACAAGGAGAGUACGGGGUUGGAGUCUAUACGGGAGACGGACCGAACGCUCUCAACCGUGAUAAGGCCGUCCGCUUCCGUGUGCAGCUCCGUCUUCCGGCUCCAGAUUAUGUUACAGCCGUACCACUUCGCAUCCAAGGACUGAGCACUUUCAUGCCACUGUUCUCCCACCACCUCCAUGAGCUAGCGAGAUCCGUCUUCUUCGGACAAGUUGCGUUGAACACCAGUGAUGCUUCCAUCGAGACCGAGUCGUUAGCAGGAGAAAACGUCUCUUUCGUGACUGUGAAUGGAGGAGUGCGCGGAACGCUGCUUGUCUCCGAGCGGUUGACUGUGGCAACGAGAAACGGACCGAUUCACCUCACCGCGGAUCUAAUGAACGACGUCUCAGGACUACCAACCUUCAUGAGCCUCCAGACAACCAACGGGCCGAUUGAAGCAAACGUCUCUCUGACGUCUACCGCGCCUAGCGUCAGGGGCGGUUCCUUUGACGUCACUGCCAACACUACCAACGGCCCUCUGAGGGUCGCUUUUCAAGAUGGACCCGCCAACUCCGUACUCAACGCCUCUUUGCAGACGUGUAACGCACCCGCGUAUGUCGUGAUGCACAGUAUGUUCGAGGGCCGUUACGAGUUGCAAGGAUCCCCGUUCCUGCGCCCAACCGUCGGUGUCGGGACUUCUCAAGAUCCUACCGGGACGGGCCGUAGGCGGAACGUCACAGCAAUGAACGAGGGGAUGGGCGUCGUGCGCGGCCAGGUCCGGUUGCAGCCGGUACCAUAUGGAUUCGAUGGUCAAGAUGGUCAUGCUGGGUACGUUCGGGUGCGCACAACGAACGGUCCGCUCCAUGCGUCCUUAUGAAGAGGAAUCGAUGUAUGGUAACCUGGCAAGGGCGACGCGUAUCCACUGACGACUUUGAGAUCUGUGUUGUUGGAGACUCAAUGAGUCCUAGGGGUAGCUAGAUAUACUGAUUUGUUGGGCCAGG